UUCAGAUUGUGCAACCGCUACAAGUUUGUUCUUCAUGUUAGUGAGUUUGCAAACCUCCACUUCACAACGGUGGCUUAUUGAAAUGGAUGUCACUAUGUAACCUGUGAACAACAGCGGUGCUCCAAACUUGCGUUAUUUUGUCGCAAUGUCUUCCAGAAAGCGCAAAAGGUACUCUAAGGAUAUUCAGUGUGUUUUCUUUCCGGAUGAUGUUGAACAUGGUGUCCAGAAAGCGAGGAAAGAGCCAUCAACUCUUUCAUCCGUGUCCUCAGCGAAGAGUUGGGAAAAGUGUGGAGAUAGCUUUUUGGACACUCCGGUGAUAAAGAACCUCAAGUCAUCAGGAAGAAAACUGUCUGCGAUAAGAAAGUUGGCACAGACCCCUGUUUUAGCUGACUGUAACGAGGACCCUGUGGAUAUUGCUUGGAGCUCCAGUGACAGUGAACAAUCUGAUGAUGAGACCAAGGAGCAGCAUCUCUCCAGAGGUGUUGCACUGCAGCAGCAACGUCCUCAUAGACCAGGGAGACUCACGGCUACAAUUAAGUCUUACACCAGAGAACUGCGCAUGCUCGGUACUGAUAAAGAUGAUCCUCUUGUUAUAGACACAGACAGUGAUCUGGAUGAAUCUGAGGAGGAUGUUGAAAAGGACAGUGGGCAACAAAUCUCUGACUGUGAGUCAGAGUCCUUCCAUGAAAAGCCGAAAGACUCGCUGCUUAAACCCACAAAUGUGACAGAGCUAGAGAUCUCAGGCUACGUGUCUGAUGGAGAAAAUACUGGUGACACAAUUACCCCGGGCAGACUGGACUCUGAGAGCUUUCCUCUCCAAACUGGCGAGGGCAGCAGAAGGUCAGUCAGUGACUGGGUCAGAUCUGCUCAGGCGAUUCUGCAGACGCCUCAGAAGCCACUUGACAGGCAGUCCAAGACUCCUGAAGACUCCGCCAAAAAGAAAAGGAAGUUUCAAAGCGGAGGUCUUGCUGAGAGGCUGAAUCGACUCCAGUGCAGACAGAGGUCAGCUAUUAGCUUCUGGAGGCACCAGUCCAUCUCUGACACCUCAACAACAGCAACAGUGGACAGGCCUGGUGUGCUGGUGCUGGAGGUGCUGGAGGUUCAUGAGGAGUGCAGCAUGCAAGUGGCGCACUGUGAGCACCAACAGCCCCCUGGGGUGGGCCACCAACACAGUAACCCUGUGCCCGAGGAGAGAGCUCGUAUGCUGGUGUUAUUCAACAGAGAGACGGCAGCCCAGCUGAUUCCUGUGCCCAGAGAUAUCAUCCACAUAUACCCGCCAUGGCAAAGUCUUUCCGUAGAGUGCUUCAGCUGUGAUAUCGUUCUGAACACACACUUCACCCAGAAAGUCUUCUCUGCUUCCAAACCUGCCGACACGUCCAUGCCAAGAAGCCUCCUCUCAGCAGAGAGACGCAUGCCGUAUUAUUUGGGUAAAAUAUUCGGACUGCUGGAGGUGUGCAGGACCACUGAAGAAACCAGUGCCAAAAAGGAUGCUGUCCCUGAUGCUCCAUGCAGUUUUGGAGGUUCAGGCAUUUUGACAUCAAGCCACUGCCUUUCUCUCCUGGAAGCUAUUGAGGGACUGGGCCAGGCUGGCUUUGUGGGGCAAGACGUGGAGGUGGUGGUCCAGAGAGUUUACUCCAUCCCUCUGCCUGACUGCUCUGCUGUGUCCAUCCUCAAACCCAGAGUUCCCUCCAGGUCGUCCUCAGCUCCUCCUCCUGCAGAGAAAGGGAAAACCAGGCUGUGCGUUCUUGUCCAGGACAGUUACGGCAUGUUCAGUGUGGUCCAGCUGCACAUCCUGCCCUGCAAGGAUGACCUCCUCCGGUACUGCCAGAAGUGGCAGGGGAAGACCUGUGUGCUGAAAGGCAUUAAAGUGGUGCAGCGGGUCACUCGAGAAAGGCGCACCAGGCUUUUCAGCCUGAUCGACAGUCUGUGGCCCCCAGUGAUGCCUCUCAGAGAUCAUGGAAACACACCAAGCAUGUCCAGUGAGAGCAGACCUGCAGGUCCAGCUCUGAGUUUCUGCUACCUGCUCUCAGGUCAGGAGAGCUCUGUUGAACCCACUGAGGGGCAGUCUCUGUCCACGCUCUACCUUUCUCCCACUGGACAAACCUUACGAGACAUAUUGCAGAGUGAGAUGAAAACCUGUCGCUGCAGUUUUGUUGCCACUGUUAUAUACAAGAGGAUGCAGAGCAGUGAUGUAGGCCAGGGUGAGGUUUGGUUGGUGCUGACAGACCCCAGUCUUCAGGAGGAACAGCCCGAGAGACCAUGCAGGCGAACAGUGGCCCUGUGCGUGAGCACUUCCUGUGUGCUCACUUCCUCUGUCCUCGAAGCUCUACAUUCCCCCGCUGCCUGUUGCAUGUCGUUCAGAGAUGCCAUCAAAGAGGAUGGUGCCCUCCUGUGUGUGGAGCAGUCAGUGGUUGAGGUGUGCUCUGUUGAGCCUGAAGGCAACCUCCAGUCCACAACAAGGCCAGAGGUGCUUUCUCAGUCGCUGACCGAGCCCCGGGCGCAGACCCUGCCCGAACCUGUGAGACUGGAUCCCCUGAGUCUGGAGACCACACCCAACUCCCUCUGUACUCUCACAGGGGUGAUUGUUGGUGUGGAUGAAAACACAGCUUAUUCCUGGCCUGUCUGCAGUUACUGUGGAAGUGACAACUUGGAGAUAUUAGCUGAAAGGCCACAAAACUUCCACUGUGUUUCUUGUAAGUCAGCGUUGGACAAGCCAGACACGAAGAUUCAGCUGGAAGUGUUUCUCAGUUCUUCUUCAUUGAGUAAUUUCACUUUAAAGGUUAAGCUCCAUAAAAAGACGAUCAUGUCCAUUCUGAACACCGCAGCAGUGGAGGGUAAUGAGUUCCCAGGUUACGAUGUGGAGAAUGUCCUGGGAAAAGAGGUGGGCCCCCUCCCCGUUUACGUCCGAGUCGUCACCAGGAAACCUGCCCCCUGGAUCGGCCUGGAAGAAAUCUGCCUCUAAAGGCUGUCAGGGCAAGUAGCUAAUGAUAUCAAUCCUCAGGCUUCAGCUGGCUCCAAGGACCUGCACACACACACACUAGGCCUUGGUCUGGGCCAGUUUAGCCUCCUCUCCUCCCCACUGAAGGCCUCCCUGACAGAUUCAGGCUGUUCUGAAGUGAACGGGGGCUGCAAGAGGACAAGGUCUUGUUUGUGUUAAUGAUAUGUGAUCUUGUGGACCAGGAGUUGACAGCCCAAGGGUAGACCAGUGGCAUGCAGUCUGUCAAAGCAGCCCACGUGGUUCAUCAACUUGGAAGUGACUUUCAGAGAAGAGCUUUUGGGUGUAAACACAUUUCUAAGUGGUCUUUUUUUUUCCAUCUACCUCUGUAUUUAAGAUUACUGACACUGUGUCAAUAAACUGCUGACUUAACUUUC